CAGCAUCAAUCACCCCCAUUGACCGCGAACCCGCCAGUGAACACAUCCCCUCGCGCCUUGACUUUCCGAGCGACCCAAAUCCCCGCCCCAUACUCCUCUCUCGACCGAAACUCUCCCCAGGCCCGGCCUCCCACAGCCCCCUGACACCAAACCUCCGCUCCCCCGGGCCGACGCAGCCAGCCGCAGCCAGACAGCAGCCAUGUCGAACCCCCUCGACACCGACGCGGGCUCCGAGCUCUUCAGCAGCUACGAGGCCGAGCUGAAGCUUGUCCAGGCCGACCUCGCCCAGAAGCUGGACCAGAUCCCCGAGCUGUCGGGCGAGCCGCGCAAGGCGGCCAUCAGCCAGGCCGAGAGGGCGCUGGAGGAGGCCGACGAGCUGCUCGGCCAGAUGCGCCUCGAGAAGCAGAAAAACAUACCCUCCUCGGCCCGCACGCGCGUCAACCAGCGGUUCCGCAACUACGAGACGGACGUCGACGCCUCGCGGCGCAAGCUGCGCGCCCUGGCCGACGACCGCGCCGCCCUCCUCGGCGGCCGCUACACGGACGACCCGGCCUCUUCGGCGGGCGGCGGCCGCGGCGGCAACGACGCCCAGCGGGAGCAGCGCGAGCAGCUGCUGGCCGGCACAGACCGCCUUGACCGCAGCUCCCGCCGCCUGCGCGACAGCCACGCGCUCGCGCUCGAGACCGAGGCCGUCGGCGCCGGCACCCUGCGCGAUCUGGCCCACCAGCGCCAGCAGAUCCAGCACACGUCCGAAAUGCUCGUCCAGAGCGAGACAUACGUCGACCGGAGCGUCAAGACGCUGAGGGGCAUGGCCCGUAGGAUGGCUACGAAUCGCAUAAUAACCAUCGCCAUCAUCACCGUCUUGGUUUUGCUUAUUGUCGCCGUCAUCUUUAGCAAGUUCAGGUAGAUGUCCGUUUUCAUCUUUUUUCUCGCGGACGUGGGCGUUCGGAGUUGUUUUGGGCUUUUGUCUUGGCUUUGGGUGCCUUAGACUUGUAAAUAUACAUCCAUACGCACUUUUGUCUUUUCUUCUUGCCUCAUGAACAGCACAUUUUACCCUUCCGUCUGCCUUGCCUAUCACGGCAUACCGCUGCCUGUUUCAACCAUGUCAUGCCCUUCAUCAGCACACACACGUGCUUUAUUCGCUCGAGCCGGCACCUGGGUGAGCAGAAUCAACGAACGCGUAUGCCGAGACUAGGCAGGUAUAAGCGAGUCGCAUCAAGUGAAACGCCAUGCGCUACAGCGCAGGGGCUGGGCUCAUCCAGUCACCGAGUAUGCAAGAUUGACGCACGAACUGUAUCGGAUCCUUUUUGUUUUUUUUGUUUUUGAUAGAUAACCCGGCCAAAUUCUACGUGCCCGAGCAGAACAAAAC